GUCAAUCGGUUUGCGGUUGACCACAGCGGUAACUCGGGUGUUCCGAGCCGCAUCCUAGCAGGCAGCUUUGAUUUUACUUCUGAUAUUGCGACAGCUACUUUGCAUAUAAACCGGCAAACCCGUUCUCUAUUGACAAAACACAACGUCCCACCUGCUGCAGAGUGUGUGUGUGUGUGUGUGUGCCGAACAGGGGAUGCAUUCGGGCGUGACCGUGUCGACGCUGGAACGAGCAGCGGAACACAAAUGCACCGGUUGAUUAGCGGAGCAAAUGCGCGGCUUAGCCGCGUCAGUGAAACAAAUGAUAAGAACUGUGCGCACACUUCCACAAUCACCGAGAGCACAAAUGGAUUUGACAUUGGAGGUCCGGACAGAUGACACUCCAAUCCUGGACUCAAAUUAGAAACGUGCGCUCGGUAGCCAAGUUAUCAGUUAUGAUUCGAAGACUACUUCGUGCCAGGUGUCCAUUUUCGUAGUGCACAAAACUACACACAAUCAUGGCUGUGUUUGGACUGGUCUCCUCGGUGGCUGGCUUCAUCAAAGUGCGGUAUUUGGUUGACAAAGCGAUCAUCGAUAACGUAGUCUUCCGGUGCCACUAUCGGUUAACUAGUGCUGUACUCUUCCUGUGCUGCGUUCUAGUGACGGCAAACAAUCUGAUUGGUGAUCCAAUUUCCUGCAUUAACGACGGUGCCAUACCUGGUCACGUGAUCAACACGUACUGCUGGAUCACGUACACCUUCACGCUGCCGGGUCAGCACGGACGCCAAGUUGGAACGGCGGUUGCCCACUCUGGACUCGGGAAUGAAUACAACCAGGAGCGGACGUUCCACAGCUACUACCAGUGGGUUCCGUUCAUGUUGUUCUUACAGGGAAUGCUUUUCUACACGCCCCACUGGAUUUGGAAGAACUGGGAGGACGGCAAAAUGCGUAUGAUCUCCGAUGGACUCCGCGGCAACAUGACACUGAGCAUGGAGGAACGCCGGGGACGCCAAUCACGGCUAGUUCGGUAUCUCUUCGACAGCAAGAAGACCCACAAUGCCUAUUCGUUCGGUUACUUCUUCUGUGAGGCACUCAAUUUCAUCAAUGUUGUAGGCAACAUUUUCUUCGUAGACAAGUUUCUGGGAGGUGCUUUCCUGACCUACGGUUCCGACGUGUUGAAGUUCAGCGAUAUGGACCAGGAAAAUCGCUCCGAUCCUAUGAUUGAGAUUUUCCCACGUGUGACCAAAUGUACCUUCCACAAGUACGGUCCGUCCGGCAGCAUCAUGAAGCACGAUGCCCUCUGCGUCCUAGCAUUGAACAUCCUGAAUGAGAAAAUCUACAUCUUCCUGUGGUUCUGGUUCAUAAUCCUGACCGUGCUCUCCGGGCUGGCGAUUCUCUACUCGGCCGCCAUCCUGAUGAUGCCGACCACACGUGAGGUAGUUCUGAAAAGUCGUUUCCGCACGGCCCAGAGCGGCCAGAUCGAGAACUUCAUUCGCCGGAUUCAGAUCGGCGAUUUUCUGAUGAUUCACCUGCUCGGCCAGAACAUCAACGUGACGUCGUUCUGCGAGGUGGUGCAAACCCUGAUCUCGCAGCUGAACGAGGAACGACCGGUCGACACACCGUCGGCUCCCUCGACGCUCGAAAUGGCACCUAUAUAUCCGGAAAUUGGAAAAUACGACAAGGAGAAGGCGGCGCUGCAUCAGGAAUACGAAGCAUAAGGGAAACUAUAGAGCUGUGUGUAGUAGACAGGGAAGCACAACACAAAAGCGAGUGGGAAGGGUGGUCGCGAGUAUGAUAGAUUGUUUCUUUUUUUUUUAACAUUUCAAACAAUACAUGUGAAUGGAUGUAAGCUGUCAAAAACAUUCCCACGCCAACUGAGAUUCGCUCCAAACUGAACGGAUUAUCAAAGAACAAGUGUGUGUAUGUGCAUUUGAAAGUGUGUCUGUGCGCGUCGAAGUCUGAAGAUAUGCAGUAACGCGUAAGGGAGCCGAUUUUUUCUCGGCCCCCAGCUUUAGGAUGAAAAAAUACUAUACUUUUAACCCCCUACGUAGAAUCGUUUUAGGCAAAUAGUUCAACAUUUUGCACAAGUUUUCCGGGUAGAGCUGGAAUUUUACUAUCAAAAUUGUCAUGAAGCAAACUAAAAAACAUAUUUGUAAAUGAGAAGACUGUCUCUUUAGACUUUUUUGUAAUUUAAACAAUAUCGAAACACACAGGAUAAAAUGACCCAACCUGCGCGAAACUGCUUUAGAAAUAUUAGCCUAUUUUUUGAAUCAAAAUUAUUGUUUCUAGCAUUUACACACGUCAAAAAAGAAACGAACAUAGUAUUAGAGGAAGCUGAUCCUAUUCGUGAUAGUAAACGUUAAUAUUAGAGAGAGAAAGAGAGUCGAACGCCGAGAAACUGGGAAUGCAUGCGCCCCGUCCGAGAAGAUUUUUUUUUUUUCAAACAGAUUGCCAUACAAAACAAAAAAGUUAACAUGCUUAAACAUAACUCAAUCAACAAUUCAAUCACUACAUCGACUGUAGACAAUCAUUUUUGUACUAGUGCUCAGAAAAAAAUCAGAAAACGAAAUCAGUAUUUCGAUCGCUACAUUUACGACCAAUUCACAUGUAGAUCUGCUAACACAACUCUCGUAAUAAUAAAAAAACCAGACAAACUUCGCACGCGAAUCGAUACACUCCUUCCUUUUUUUCGUCGUAGUAGAUAGAACAAUUCCAGAAGCAAACUCAAUUUAUUUUACAUAUUUUUUUUUCUAUAAGAGCUGCCUUAGAGAGUGGAUUAAAACAAAAAAAAUAACAAUCGAAUAUAUAUUAUAUACAUCGUAGCAAACAAACUCUCAUCUCAUUAGAAACUAACGAAAGUCUAGUAAGAAAGCAUUUUGUCAGAAUGUUUUAGUUUUUUUUUAACUUGCUCUAGGAUAGUUAGUGUCUUUCUCCGUUUUGCAGUUCAAGUUGUAUCGCCAGUAGUAGCAGCAGCAGCAACGGCAGCGAUGUUGAGACGACAAGGAGUAGAAGAAAGAUAGAUACAAACACAAAAGACACCUUGGAUAACAGGAAAUUCCGACACUAAAGUUCCCAUUUUUUUAAUAAAUAUUUUUUUGCUCUUUUCAACAGCAGAGAGCUAGAGGAAGAGUUAGAGGGAGAGAGACUACGGAAAUACUACUUUUUGUCAAACUUGCAAGAUGCGGAAAGAAAUUUUAUUGUGAUAAGAUACAAGUUUAGACAAAAUAAAACGUUUUAUAAGAAAUA